AUGCGGCUUCGAGCGGCAAUUGCGGCGCUCACGGGCGCGUACUGGGUGGUGUUAGGCAACACGGUCCCUAAUCCUGACGAUGCCGUUGACUCGACUUGUCUCAGUGACAGUACGUCGUCCGAGGUAGCAACCACGACUACGCCUGAGACGAGCUGCUCGACUACAUCCCUUCAACAAAGCACGACCAGUACCUUAGCACACUCGACUGCCAAUUCUGCCUCUACUGCGAGCACAGGUACAAAGGCAUCGACGUCCCCGACGGUUGUCACCAUCACAAUCACCACCAGCCCUGCUAGCUCCGUGGACUUUACAUCCAGCAACCUCCCUGUUUCAAUCUCAAGCGACUCCUCAAUCCUAGAUUCUUCGCGUAGUCAGCCGGUUUCAACGUCUUCAUCCUGCACUGAGGACCUUUCAAAUCGAUCCCCUACCAGCGGUACGAGCGCGGAGAGCCUUGAAACGGGCCGAUCUCCUGCCGCCGUGACCGUCUCUCCAGACAUCAAUUCCGUGGAGAGCAUAACGGCAACUGACGGUUUCAUAAGCGGUACCACGAAGGUGUUGACGCUCGCAUACCCGGAUGGCUUGAGCCAUACGACUACGAAAUUCGUCACAAUCACCAUCCCAGAUAUAACCUGGAACCCCGCCCAAUUGUCGACCGAAGGUGGUCCUACCAUCACGACCGUCACGAUUCCAGCCGGCCCCACGGCCGCGGAGCCCAGCCCGUACGAAGUGACCUACACCCUAACGCCGGACGAUGUUUUUUCAGCAGCUUUCACGGGGACCGUCACUCUCACACCUUCAUCUCCAGUUUUAACCGUUGAUCAAGGCCAUCCUGCGGUGUCGAGCCCCGUGGAAACCGCCGUCACGAUGACUUACACCGCCUUUGUGUCGGGGAGCACACUCGUCACCACCGUCACUGAAUAUCCGCUGUUGGAGUCAGGCACACCGGUUGUUACGGUUUUGACACCACACCCCAUUAGUAACACGCUGGGUUCCAUCCCCAUCGUCCCACUCACAAUCACAUUGACAUCGUCGGUUGUGACAACACCCACACCCCGUGCAAGCAAUGCGCUGCCCGAAGCUUCUCACGAGGUCCCUAGCCUCGAGCCAAACCUUGGUGCCACCACUGUCACCGAAACGGCGGUUUCCACUGCAACGAUAUUCGAAACCGAGAGUUUUGACCUCACGCCAUCGUCACCCGCGCCAAGUUCCAGCACUGCGAUAACCAAUACCGAGGGCUCAGUGGUACAGGUCACUUACACAAUCCCCGGCCAAGCAGGAGGAGAUGCUUCCACGUAUACUGUCAGCUAUACAGCCCCUGCAUUUCCUACCCACCCUGCCGGGCAGGGAGGCAUCUCGGAUACAUCAGGGUCCGGGUUCGGCCAUGUAACAACACCCAGCAGUAGCAGCACCGAUGGCCCAGAUAGCUCGGAGACGCCCUAUACUGUGACAGUCACCCCGGUGGAUGUUUCCGGGUCGCACAACCCCGUGACAAUAACUUACACACUCCAUGCCACCACAUCCGAUACCAAUGUCGCCACGCCUAUCUCCACCGAUACUCAAACCGUGACUGGUGAGGCGAGCAGUACAGAAGAUUCGGGGUAUGGAGCCCCCACAAGCGCUCAAUCGUCCAUCGAUAACGGGGAUCCUUCAAGCGCCUCCACGGCAGACUCGUACGGCCCCCCUACCGUCCCAACACCAUCGGCACCUGAAGGAACCACGGGACAACCGUCUUUUAGCACACCAACUGAUGCCAGCACCACAAGUGACUCAGGCGGUUACCAAUACGGUAGUACUACUACGGGGGCUCCCACAUUGACCUGGAGCCAGGCCACAACUCCCUUGCUGUCUUCGCCAGCCGCAGCAACUGCCGUGGUUUCGAAGGUGACGCUCACGGAAACCGUCUCAUUAGGGCCCCACUCCAGCACGGUUCUGAGUUUCACCACAGAUGUUACUCUUGUCGCGGGCUCAAACUUCUUCGACUGGGUCGGCAUCAUCGGCAUCACUGACCCGACCGGGAACCAAUUCCACCAAAUGGUCGGCAACAUGGCCUGCCACCUCCGUACCACUUACGACGGGGUUUCAACCUUCUGCAAACUUGACGUCAACGGCUCAUCACACAUCUACACGAAGCCUUGGAACUUCUUUACUACUUACGACAGGAACCGGGAAUGCGCAUUCCUCUGUAGCCAGCCAGACUCCAAUCUUUACCAACUCCACUUCAUCGCGCACACCACGGCCCACAAUCUCGGCGGGCUUCCCUGGAACGGCACCGGUCAACUCGACGACGUCCUUCUGGGCCACAUCUCGUUCCAGCAGCCGGACACCGUCGGGGCCUCCUGGAACGACUCACUUAUCGUUCACCUCACUAUUUUCGACGACGUCGAUUUCACUCAGCAGACAUACCGGUAG